AUGUCUCAUAUUCAUAUCAAUGCAACAUUAUCAACCAUUGAAUUUGUUGGUUCAUUCCAAACCAAUCAACUAGAUCUACCAUCUAUUUUAAUCAACCAAACUAGUUUGUGUCAUAUCAUGGUUGCCACCACUAGCCUUAUCAAAUGCCAAAUACUAAAAUAUUCAAGUGGUCAUGCAAAUAUUACAUUCUCAUUGUUUGAGUUUUCAAAAUCCUUUGAUUUUUAUCUACCUCCCAAACCAAAAGAAGAAGAUUCAAAUUCAAAUUUAUCGUCAUUUAUUUUCAAAUGUAAUGGAAUUGGAUUAAAUGGAUAUGGUCAUUUUGGAAAUGAUCAAUCUAUUGUCAAUAUCUCUUUAAUAUCAAAUAAUGGUGAAUCGAAUGCUGGAAAAUAUAUUGUUGAUUUUAAAAUCGGAAAUCACACAGACCACCAAUACCUUGUCUACUUUGGACCAAAAAUAUUAAACUCUUCUUCCUCUUCCACCUCCUCCAACAAUGAUGAAAUUAAUUGUACUUUAAAUUCAUCUGGUCAACUUCAUGUUCAGUGUUUAGGAAAUACUUCAAUCAACUGUACAACACAUGGAAUUAGUGAAUGUUACUCUCCAAAUGGAUAUCAUUGUAAUGGAGUUACAGAGUCUUCAAUCACUCAAUGUAUAGCUCCACAAGACAUCCUUUGUAAAUCUGAUAAUAUCAUAUGUCGUGCCGGUCAUUUAACAUGCUCAGUUGAAAAUGGAAAAUUAAUUCAACAACCUUGUGAUACAUAUACAUGUUCACAAACUGGUAGUGGUGCAAUUACAAUCCACUACGACUCAAUUAGAUUAUUAAUAAUAUUUUAUAUUAUACUAUUAAUAAAUGUACAGUAA